GGUCAGAACAAGCUGAUGGACGAGCUAAGGCCGAAUCUCGGCCUACUCGGAGUUGGUCUAGUAGAGAACGACAGCUUCCAUUUGAAUCACAAUCAGGAAAAGAGAAAGUGUAGCAGCGCGAGCUCGAACGAACAAGACUUUGGGCUCUACGGGGUGCACCAGGGCCUCGAAGCUAGCCCGCCGACGCCUGCGGCUACACCGGGAAGAAGCAGCGUGGGGGCCACCACUACCGUCGGAGCCGAAGGAGCUUUUAAAAAAUUAAAACCGGACCCUUGCGCCUCUAGCCCUCACAUUGGCCACACACCCACCACCGCGAGUUGUCCUACACCGGCUCGACGUCGGCACAGGACUACCUUCACGCAGGAGCAGCUGGCAGAAUUGGAAUCGGCGUUCGCAAAAUCUCAUUAUCCUGACAUAUACUGCAGAGAGGAAUUGGCGAGGACCACCAAAUUGAACGAGGCUAGAAUUCAGGUCUGGUUCCAGAACAGAAGAGCGAAAUAUAGAAAACAAGAGAAACAAUUGCAAAAGGCACUUACUCCGAUACCCGCGUGCCAAGGUGCCAUGAUGAGGAACAUCUAUCCUGGUGCUAGCAGAGGUUAUCAACCCUAUCCACAUCCACACAACAGUAUAAACGGAAUCAAUCGUUAUCCUCAGAUGGGCACGACGUCUUACCCUAGCAUGACCCAACCCUUCUCCAUGUCGCAUUCGGCGUCGAACAUGUCGGCGGUCACCGGUAUGCGACAAGACGCGAUGGGCAUGUCAGCGGAGGAUGAAUGGUACAACAAGAGUAUCUCGGCCCUAAGAAUGAACACGGCCCAUCAUCCUAAUCUCGCCGCACCGAUGCUGCAAUAUCAAACAUAAUUGUAAACGUAUACCGCUGUAAAUGUUCACCGACCGAAUAAACGCUAAACACGUCGUCGGACCCAUCGAGAACGAGGACGAGGAGAAAUGGCGACCGUCGUUGAUCGUUACCGAACUCAAAAACGAAAAAGAGAGAGAAAAAGAGAGAGAAAUGGAGGAAGGGGUGAGAGAGAGAGAGAGAGAGAGAGAGAGAGAGUUGGCUAAAUUUCUUUGCGAAAGAAAAAUUAACAAUUUUUAAACGGUUAAGAUAUUAGAACACGUGGGUCGCCGAAAUUAUUUUUCUCGUUCGAACGUAGCCAACGCGUUCUUUUCUCGAAAUUAAUCGUCCAUAAAGCUCAAAGAUGUAAAUCGAUGAAUAAAUGCUAACAAAUUAAUAUCGAGGACGAAUAACUCGACACCGUGUUUCGUCACUUUGCGACGCGAAUGUAAGAAUGGAAAAACAGUAAAAAAAUAUCGAAAAGACAGAGAGAGAAAGAGAGAAAGAGAGAAAGAGAG